AUGAAUUCUGCAGAAUUUAAGAUUUUAGUUGGGAAUUUGAUGCUUAUGGAUGAGUCCCAGGUUUCAAUUUGGUCCACAAAUGUAAACUUGACAACCUCAAAUUCUUUAGUGACAACUCUAGGUGAUAAUGGAAAUUUAGUUUUGAGAAAUGAGUCAGAACCUAGGACAAGUGAAGGAUUUUGGCAAAGUUUUGAUAAUCAAACAGAUACGUUGUUGCCUGGUAGCAGCCUUGCCUAUGAUAAACGUACAAGAACAAAGAAAGUUCUCACUUCUUGGAAAAACUCUGAGGAUCCUGCACCAGGGCUUUUCUCUUUUGAAUUAGAUCCAAAUGGGAGUCAGGUUAUUAUAAGAUGGAAUAGGACUGCCAGUGGAGCUUGGAAUGGGCUCUUUUUCAGUUUAAUCCCUGAGAUGAGGCUGAACAAUAUGUAUAAUCAUAGUUAUGUUGACAACGUUAAUGAGAGUUACUACACAUAUUCUUUUUAUAAUCCUUCCAUUAAAUCUCGAUACGUGAUGGAUGUUUCCGGGCAACAAUGUGAUGUGUAUGCUUAUUGUGGGGCAUUUGGUAGCUGCAACCAGAAUUCAUUACACUUCUGUAAUUGUUUACCCAGAUUUAAGCAAAGGUCGAAGAAUGAUUGGAAUUUGAAGGAUUAUUCAGAUGGAUGUGUGAGAAAGAUCCUUUUGAACUGUUCAAAUGAUAGAAAAGACAAGUUUCUGGUAAAUAAUCUUGUUAGGUUACCUGCAAAUUCACAAAGAGUGAUGGCAGGGAGUGCUGGAGAGUGUGAAUCUAUCUGCUUGAGUAAUUGCUCUUGUACAGCUUACUCUUACAAAGACAAUGCAUGCUUGGCUUGGAAUCGGGAACUAAUGGAUUUACAACAACACGCAGAAAAUGAUGGCAAUAAAAGAAUGAUCUACAUUAGACUUUCUGCCUCUGCAUCUGAGUCUUCGAGCACCAAAAAAAGUAAAGGGCGUGUAAUAGGGGCUGUUGUGGGUUCUGUUGCUGCUGUUAUGGUUCUAUUGGCCAUUGUCAUGAUAUGCAUAAGUCGCAAGCAUAUAUCUAGAACUACAAAAGAAGUUGAGGGAUCAUUGGUAGCAUUUCGGUACAAGGAUGACUUUUAA